AUGGCCUCACUCGAUCAACCCCAGCACCUUGAGCCUUCCAAGCUUGGCACAAAGGAAUACUGGGAUACCCUCUAUACCCGCGAAAUCUCCAACCACGCCGCAGACCCGUCCGACAUCGGUACCGUCUGGUUCGACGACUCCGACGCUGAGACCAAGAUCCUCGACUUCCUCGACCGCCUGGCCGACGGCGACCUCGAGUUGCUCGUCGACGACCUGACCAUCUCUCGCGACGACGCCACCUUCCUCGAUCUCGGUUGCGGCAACGGCUCCCUCCUCUUUGCCCUCCGCGACGAAUCCUGGCCGGGACGCGCCCUGGGCGUCGACUACAGCCCGCAGAGCAUCGCCCUCGCGCGCCAGAUCACCGUGGCCAAGCAAGCCGAAGCCGACGCCGAGCCCGACGCCGAUUCUCCCAACCCCGUCGAGUUCCAGGAGUGGGACGUCAUCGCCGGGCCCUUCGACACCGUCCUCAGCGGGCCCCAGGCCGACGGUUGGGAUAUUGUCUUGGACAAGGGCACCUUCGACGCCAUCUGCCUCAGCGACGAACAGGACGCCCAGGGCCGACGCCUUUGCGAGGGAUAUCGGGACCGCGUUCUGCAUCUAGUCAAGAAGGGCGGCAUCUUCCUCGUUACGAGCUGCAACUGGACCGAGUCGGAGUUGCAGGGCUGGUUCGAGCGCCGGGGCGACGACGGCUUCGACCUUGCCGGCAAGGUCGAGUACAAGUCCUUCAGCUUCGGCGGUGCCAAGGGGCAGACCAUCAGCACUCUGUGUUUCCGCAGGGUGUAG